GGGACUGAAAACACUGGUGUGGGUCACCCAUCAACGAAGAACUAGUCUUAGGUGGGGUUUCCUUCUUACCGGCUAUAACCGGUGAGGUUUAUGGUAACUACCAAUACGUCCGGUAAACGAGGUCAAUGUUAUAAGGCGCUGGGGUUUAAGCAAAAAGUUGGGUGGUUUUCAGAGGGUUUUCGGCUAUCUGAGAGAGAAUUAAAAAAGGGAAAUUUAUAAUUUUUUUGGACAAGAAAUUUUUUUUAAAAAUGAAAUUUAGAAUUGUGUGAGAAAAUCUCAAAUGGGUUUUGUUUGGAAAGCACAUUGAGAUUUUUCUUUUUGUUUUGUCGGGAAGAUAAUGGGAUAAAAAAUGGAAGAAAGUUUUCUUUUUUUCUGCUAUGAAGACAAAUUUUUCGAAUCUGUUAUUUUCUUUAUGUGAUCUUAUGUUUGGCUGAGAAUUUCGUAUAUUGAUCCAACAUUUCAUUGUUUAAGAGGGUCUAAGCUGAUUUGAGAUGAAAUACUUGUGUCUCUUGGAACUGAUUCAAAGGUGUUGGUGAAUUGCAUAUGAUGUGUUCUUAAUGUUAUGGUCUUUGAAGCAUGGAGUUGCAGAAGAGGUUAGAUUAUGGAUUCAAUGGCUAUCAGGUGCCUGCUACUCCACGAGCAACCAGAUCAGCCAGGAAAAGGGUUCCAUUUAAAAAGAGAGUUGAAGACAACCGAAUAAGUGCUUUCGACUUACUGGCCACCGUAGCUGGGAAGUUAUUACUAGAUAAAGAAAGUACUCCUGUCUUUAGUAAUACGUCAAGUGCUGAAGAUCCGUCUAAAGUUGAAAAGAAUACUGUUAAAGAAGAAAGGCGGGAUGGAAGCCAGUCAUCGAAGCUAGAAACAUGCGAUCAAUACAGCAAUGAUAGGGAAUUCAUAGUUUCUCAACUUGUCUCACAAACUAAUGACCUCAGAAGCUGUAGUUUUAGAGAAUCACCGAGCCUUAAAAAUGACACCCAUUUUGGACUUACCUCUGUUGUAACAACUUCUGAUUGCUCAGAAAGAUCUGGUGUUCUGAAGUUAAUGAAUGGCAAAAUCAAGAAUGAAACGGGAUGUUUGCCUUGUAAGGUAGAGACUGGUCCCUUUCUGUGCGGGGCUUCUGGUGGUCGUAUUAAACUAGAGUUUGAAAAUAAAGGGCCUAUACAUGAGGAGCUGGAUCGAACUGAUAAGUUAUCUAUUAGAGAAGUGGCUGAUACAUGCCCCUUAGAGGAUCCUGUAGUUGUGGAUGGUAAACCUCCUCUUCUAGUUAGUUCAGAUAGUAGUGGCAAGACACAUUCAUAUGGGUUCAAUAAUUACCUUAGCUCUUUUCCCGGUAAGCGAGAUGAUUUAAAGGUAGUUAGUAGAGAUGAUGAUGAAAAAUCUUCAAGGUGUACUUACCUUGGCCCCAUAAAGAAACCAUUUAGGCCAACACCACUCAUUGGAGACCGAAGAAUAAGGAAGACAAUGACUUCUAAAUACUUGAAAGUUGCUCCGAGAUUGAAUGAUGUGACACUAUCCAAUUCUGAUGAGAAUUUGAAAUCUGCUUACUGCGAUAGGAGUGCUUACAAGCGCAUAAGAUCCGAAAGGAACUAUCCUUUCAAAAAAAGGAAGUUUUUACACUAUAGCUCAGUAUCAAAUUCAGAUGGAGGAAUCAGCAGUGAGGGUAUUUCCGAUUCACCUGAGCAGAGCAUCAAUGGAAAUGCUUCAGGCGUAUAUCCAAAGAUGCGUGGAGUCACUGGAGAAUCACCUUCCCUAGCGGACCAACGCAAAUCAUUCCACUCUAGGGAUUCUCACGGUAUGAGAGCCUUUGAUGGAGUGAUUCAUAUGUACUGUUUUCACUUAUUGACGUUCAAAGAGGUUCUUAUAUCAAAAUAUCUUUCCUUUUACUCAGUGAAGUUUAGGAUCAAAUCUUUCAGGGUGCCAGAAUUGUUUAUUGAAAUUCCAGAAUCUGCAACUAUUGGUUCAUUGAAGAGGACUGUUAUGGAGGCAGUGACAGCGAUACUCGGAGGUGGAUUACGCAUUGGUGUACUUCUUCAAGGAAAAAAGGUUAGAGAUGACAAUAAAACUCUGUUGCAAACGGGAAUUUCUCGUGAUAACCAGAUGGAUGCACUGGGUUUUAGCCUGGAGCCGAACCCUUCGCAAAUCUUUCCAUCGCACUGUCCUGGAGGUUCUCCCUUGACGUUUCCCUGUGACACACCUCUACCUUUAGCUAGGUAUCCAGCAACUCCUGGUUUAGUUGCUCGGGUUACACAUGAUCCUUCACAUGAGCCUCACAUGCCUAAUUUGGGCCACUUUGUUGAAAGCGAUCAUGAUUCUGCACCCUCGCCUACAGAUAUGUCACUUGACAAAAGCACAACGGAUUCUAAAGCCCUGGUAGCUGUACCAGCGAUUAGUGUGGAGGCGCUAGAUGUGGUUCCAGCUCAUAGGAAAUCAAAGCGAUCUGAAGUUGUGCAACGUAGAAUUCGUCGACCUUUCUCUGUUGCUGAAGUUGAAGCCCUGGUUCAAGCUGUUGAGAAACUUGGAACUGGAAGGUGGCGUGAUGUUAAGUUAAGAGCUUUUGAUAACGCAAAGCACCGAACUUAUGUAGAUUUAAAGGAUAAGUGGAAAACACUUGUUCAUACAGCGAGAAUAUCGCCACAGCAAAGGCGGGGAGAACCGGUGCCUCAGGAGCUCCUGGACAGGGUCCUAACUGCGCAUGCCUACUGGUCACAGCAGCAAGCCAAGCAACAACUGAAGCAGCAACAGCAGCCUGAGAGCUGCCUUCUCCUUUAUAACUCAAACAGUAAGAGCUAGUAGCAGAAGUGAUGGUGGUGAAAAAAACUUGGGUUGAUGAUGAUGGGGGGUUUUUAGGGAAGGAUUUGUCUAAUUAUUAUUUUAUCAUUUUUCUUGUAUUUUCUUGUGAUUAUUUAAAAGAAAAAAGGAAAAAAAAUUAUGACAAGAAAUAUGUAAUAUUUUAUGUGCUCUAGCACUGAUUCUUCUCUUACAAUGUAGGGGCAUGGAUGGCCCUUUUGUAAAUUGCUAUUGAUGGAAUAAGAGCUUUGCUAAAUUA